GGAUUUCAGCUGCUUGACGAAGUAGCUGCGAUGCAGUCAUUGUGAGGUGAGGUGGGAGGUUCGUCUACGAGCGUUAGCUCAUAAAGUGCAGUUUUUAAUCUACGAGGAAGAACAUAGAGUAAUAUUCGAAAUGACUAUAAUAGUUUUUCUAAUAGAUACCUCUGCAUCUAUGAAUCAGAGAGCAUAUUUGGGUGGACGUCCAACGUUGCUAGAUGUUGCUAAAGGGGCUGUAGAAACGUUCGUUAAGGUUCGCCAAAGAUCGCCUGAAAGCAGAGGUGAUAGGUACAUGUUACUAACGUUUGAAGAUCCGCCCGCUAAUAUUAAGGCUGGUUGGAAAGAGAAUUUAGCUACGUUCAUGAAUGAACUUAAAAACCUGCAGUGUGUUGGAAUGACUACAAUGGGUGCAGCUCUGAAACAUGCGUUCGAUGUCCUCAAUAUCAAUCGAAUGCAAACUGGUAUUGAUACUUAUGGUCAGGGUCGCUGCCCCUACUUCCUUGAGCCAUCUGUCAUUGUAGUCAUCACAGAUGGUGGGAAACUGUCAAACAGUGCUGGUGUUCAGGAGGAUUUUAAUUUACCGAUGCAUUCACCAAUUCCUGGAUCAGAACUUACUCGUGAACCAUUCCGUUGGGACCAGCGACUGUUUUCACUUGUUUUGCGGCUGUCUGGAACACCUGCCUUAGACCGUGAUGUUGGUCUUGUACCAAGUGAUACCUCUCCCAUUGAUGCAAUGUGUGAAGUCACUGGAGGGAGAUCAUAUUGCAUCACAUCACAUCGUAUGCUGAUGCAGUGCAUAGACAGUCUAGUACAGAAGGUUCAGAGUGGUGUAGUGAUAAACUUUGAGAAAAUGGGGCCAGAUCCACUGCCUGUUAUAUCUGAAGGUACAAAAGCCGACUCAGAUGUAACCAUUGCUGAGAAUGAUUCAGAGAGUAAAGGAAAUAAUGACAAGGAAUGGGAUAAGGACUACAGUCUGACAUCUGAAGAAGACAGCAAUAACAAGAAUAAUGGGGUGCGUCUGAGUAAUGGUGUGCCAGGCAAUAACGCAGUUAAUCCCUUGUCAGCGAGUAGUAGUACUGCCUGGCACACUUGUAGACGCCUCAUCUAUGUGCCACGUUCAGCACAGAAAGGUUUUGCUGUUGGAUUUUGGCCAAUUCCCGAGUCAUUCUGGCCUGAUCUGAGUUCCUCUUCUUUGCCACCCCGUUCGGCGCAUCCUAAUGUGAAAUUUACAUGCACAAGUCAGGAACCAAUGGUAAUUGAGAAUCUGCCUUUUGACAAGUACGAGCUGGAACCAAGCCCCCUUACUCAGUUUAUCCUGGCUCGUAAGCAACCCACAGUGUGUUGGCAGGUGUUUGUUGCAAACAGCUACAAGAACUCAGAGGUGGGUCACCCAUUUGGUUACCUGAAAGCCAGUACAAACUUGACAUGUGUGAAUCUAUUUGUAAUGCCAUACAACUAUCCAGUGCUGUUACCUCUACUGGAAGAGCUCUUCAAAGUCCAUCGCCUGAAACCCACCAAUGAAUGGCGCAUACAGUUCCAGAACUAUUUACGGACAAUGCCAACAUAUUAUGCAGGGGCCUUGAGAAGAGCACUGACACGAAUGGGAGUUCAAGGUAGCCUGUCUCAAUCACUGAUCCCAGAUAGUCUGGACAACUCCUUGAGCUACAGUGUCAUGAACUACUUGAAACGUUUGAAGAAUCAGGCCAAGAUAGAGUUCGAUCGUUUGUGCAAUGAGGUGGGGAGUAAACCUCCAACCGUCACCUCAGGCAGCAGUGGAAAGUCUGGUGGCGGGUCAUCAUCUGCUGUGACAGAAGGAGUUAGAGUGUUGCCUAGGUCACCUCUCAAAAAAGAUCUUGUUUCACAUCCCUUACUGCAAGAUAAGUUCACAUCACUACGAGAGCAGUUGAAUGAGUUCGGUGGAUUUGUGGUUGGUUUGCCGCGUGGACAUAGCCAGAAGGGUAGGCAGAGUUACCGUAAUCCCUUUGACAUCCCACGUCAUUGCCUACUGGACCAAGCGGUUCGGAUGAGAGCAAACUUUCUUCAGCCUGCACUGGCUCACACAAAACUAAUAGAUGAUGAUUUCGCACACAGUAUGCCAGUAAGUCAAAUGGGCAAUUACCAAGAGUACCUGAAACGUAUGCAACCCCAGCUUCGUGAAAUAGAGUCUGCACCCGUUCGACAGCACAUGUUUGGAAAUCCAUUCAAAAUAGACAAGCGAAUGAUGGUAGAUGAGGCUGAUAUGGAUCCAGUUGGUGGAGGAAGUGGAACCCAUGGGACCACCAAUAGUCACAGAAGUGGAACGAAACGUGGUGCAUCGCAGAUGGACCCAUCUUCUCCAAGGCUCCCAAAUAAACGCAAACCUGGACCAAUUCCUCGACAUGUAGUUGUAAGAAGACCAACUUCUCCAUCACCUCGACCAUCCCCCCUCGCCUCUCCAAAUUCCUCCCCUUGUUCCAGUCCAGUGUGGUUUUCACCAGAUCCCCCACCACCUUUACUUACCCCAGUCACUCUCACUGUCAUGUCCAUGGAAUCUGGCAAAGGGGAGUCAUUGGUUACAGGCCCAGAUUCAGAAGGCUCGGAGCCACCGAAGUUAACGAUGGUCAAUGGAGAUCUGGAUGAUGGUAUUGUGCUGCAUGGUGGACCCAUCACAGAUUUUAGACCUCGAUCUCCAUCUCCACCACCUCGAACUUCUGCUCCACCUAAUUUAGAACCACUCGCCAAUCAUGUGAUACAUUACAACAAUUUUUCUCCUCCAUUGAGUCCUGCAAUGGGUAAUCAUACUGAGGGUGAAGAUCGAAGGCUGGCCAUGGUUCUCACGGAAAUCAGUGGUAACCAUGUUGUUGGUGGAAACCAAGCAAACGUGGCAGCAGUGGGUGCUAUAUCUACGAACAGUGAACUUAAUAAACGGGAAAUUGCAGAGAUAAGAAAACACAAUCUUCAUGUAAGAAUGUUGGUGUACAGGGAAGUCCGACGACCAGGAAAGAAUUUUGCGCCUCUGUUUGCUCACCUUCAGAAUAUUAAAGGAUGUCUGGAUGUGCGAGUAACAUUGCUCAAAGAAAUCAUUCAUGAAUCAUUACGAUUCAAGCGUCGUUAUUUGGCUGGUUUGUUGGAAGACUUUCUGCGAAGUAUGAUAUCAUCAACCAGCGACAGUUAUAGUGUUGUUAACAAUCAUCGCCCUCCAAGUAAUAAUGGAGCAACACGGUUAACUUAGUGUGACUUGUAACUAAACUGCAAUAAAAUUGCUUUGUGUGAACUAGUACACACAUACCAUAGGUAGAACUCUUAUAGUCACUGCUGUAAGAACUCCAGAUCCAACCUGUAAAAACUUGUUUAUUGCUAAAAGUGUGAACAAUUGUACAUAGUUUUGUAGGACUGCAGGCACAAUUUCUCUUGGACUUAGUCACAAACGUUCAUAGGUUAAUGUUAAUUUAUAUGGAAACAGAUAACCUAUGAUAAAUGAAAUUUAUGUUUGCUGGUUCCAAAGGGUUCUGAGUUGUUACAAACACCAUUGUUUACUAGCAGCAUUAAUUUUGAAAUGAGAUAGUAAUGGUGUCUCAUUAACGGUUGUCGUGUUCUUUUUAUUUAAAAUUUUAAUAUUCCUAGUAUGUUAUCUCUGUUUCAACUUUUAAUAAUAUUUCCAUGCAGUCACUUUUACGCUGGAAAUGUCUAGGCAGGACACUGGACUUGCAGUGAGGAUCCUUCAUUUGAUCACUGGUCAGAUUAGCAUACAGAUUUAACUGUGCACAAAACUAAACCUUCAUGCCUGAACCAGUCAAAAUAUA